CAUAAUCCUGACUACGUCACUAAGUGUGGAUAAGCCAUCCACGGCGAGAUACUAUACGCUACGGCAGCCGUUGCUCCGCUGUCGGACAGUGCAGAAAAUCCGUCCGCGGCGAGAGCAUACUGCAUUACUGCAUGAUCCGCAUAGACCAAGCACCUUCAUAUAUUGAUAGAAGCGAUUUACCUUGUUUUUAAGUAUGAAGAAGACAGUUUUUACUCGGUUUGUCCGGAAGUACUCGGUGCGUAUAUGGCAGAGAAGUCUGGCCACGUGAAAGUGGCCGAGGACCCUUUUUGCGGCGUGGGCGGCAACGUAAUUCAGCUUACCAGACGGUUCGACGACGAAGAGAACAGUAACAAUAUGCCUGCAGAAGCCGAAAUAUCCUCGCCAUCCGCUGAGCAACUGACGAUGCAAAAAGUAUUCGCCGACCUUAGAAACUGGUCGGCAGACUUCGAGAAGUUGAACUGUAGCGGUGAUUUCGCCGGGCUGAAGGUAAAGAGGCAAUCUACAUCUAUGCCUAACAUAUCGUCGACACGUCUCGUUGACGUGAUACUGGCGCAGGACGGUAUUUGUCGCGGUCAGUCGCCGCAAGUCGAGGCGGUCCUGAAUGACGAACAAAGUAUUCAGCAUGCGGAUCAUCUGAUAUUGGCGCAGGACGGUAACUGUCGCGGUCAGUCGCCGCAAGUCGAGGCGGUCCUGAAUGACGAACAAAGUAUUCAGCAUGCGGAUCAUCUGAUAUUGGCGCAGGACGGUAACUGUCGCGGUCAGUCGCCGCGAGUCGAGGCGGUCCCGGAUGACGAACAAAGUAUUCAAAAUACGGUUCAACCAGAUCAUCCUAGAACGCCAACGGAGGAACAAAGCACAGGCAAAUUAUCGAAGAAACGCAAACGUCCAUCAAUGUGGAAACGAACAAAGCGAUUCUUCGUCUACUUGUUCACUUGCGGCUAACUUCAACUUCAGCUGAACAAGCGGACGAAGAAACACUUUGUCCCUUCCCACAAAUAUGGGCGAUUGUGUUUAUCCACUGAUUUGCGAGCUCUGUAUUCCUCCAUGGCUGUUCUAGCACAGAUUAUAUGAUUUUCAUAUAAUAUUAUAAUCUGUGAUUCUAGUAUAUUAUGAUAUUGUUGCACCGUAUUGUGAAUUUUUUCUAUGUUUCAGUGUUUC